UUGUCUUACCAUGCUUUCUACAAUUUGAAUGGGAGGAUGUCAAAGCAUUUGUGAGACAGCCAGAUGGCUCAUUUUCAGUUGGUUUGAGCGUUUCCAGUGCUACAAGCAAUUAUUACAUGGGAUUGUAAACAAGGGCAAGCUAGACUUAACUCUAGCAUUGGAUGGCAAAGUGUUAGUAUGGGAACCUUUACUAAAAAUGUUGGAAUCUGAAGGCAUUGUUAAACGAGUUUUUCCUCUACAUGGUGAGUGCACGCAGCUAACCAAUGUGUUGGACAUUGCAAUUAUGUCACUGAAUUCUAACUCGGGAACUUCCUCUCGGUAGAUUGCCAUCUAUUUUGCUUUCCUUCGGAUAUAUACUCGAUGGAUGAUCUUUCCAGCUGCAUUUGGACUUAUUGUUCACUUGGUUGAUUUUGGUUAAGUCUGUCGAGUUGCUGCCUCUUGGUAUGCGUUGUAAUUCAUGUAACAUGUCUCUAAGUAGGCAUCUGGUGACAUGAACUACAUCGGAUUUAUAAUGGUAUGCUUUUUCCAGAUCACUGCAGUUACUAGAGCUACCUUUUUUCUUCAUAAACGUAAUGCUAUGGGCUGUGUUGUUUUUCCAGUUCAGGAAGCGUGAGAACUCAGCCCUUUUAGUGUGGCAUGUCUUUAAUGUAAUGCCAUUCUUGUCUAUGGUCUCUUUUGUUGUAGUUUAUACGUUAUCUUUGCUUCCAAGUAAGAUUACUUUUUAGAAAAAGUUUCCGGUUAUUGCCAACUAGGGGUGUUCAUGGUUCGGUUCGGUUCGGUUUAGACUAAAAAAACUAACCGAACCGAAUUACUGUAUUGUUGUAAAAAAAGUAACCGAACCGGACCGAAAACCGGUUCAAACCGAACCGGUCCAGUUCGGUUAAAUCCGGUUUUUUAAGGAAAAAACCGGGAAACCUAAUCCCAUGGGUUUUUUUGGUUUUUUCUUUAAAUUGGCUUACAGUUUGGGAAGAUUUAGUCUUUUAUUCAUUAUAAAAUAUUACAAGUAAAACUUACAAGCACACG